AGAAGAGACCGCUGGAAAAAGAGGAGAACAGCGGGAAAUCUGGGUUCUGUGGAGCUUUUACGGAGUUCAGAAAGAGUUUCUGUCCACCUGAGGAACCAGAAGACACACCUGGACCACCUGCUCAGGACGGCCGACCAGCAGAAUGCUGCUCCACCCUGAACUCCACCUCUGAGGUUUCCUCCCAGCAGAGCCUCUGAUGAUGCUCACAGGUCCAGGUGAGGCCCUGAGCCGGAACAUGAAAGAACACCUGUAGCGACCGCCGGUAACCCGGGCAACAUGAUGGCCUCGGUGGUCGUCAGGGGCAACCGGAAGAAGUCCCUGACGCUGAGGGGAGUCGACCCGGAGACCUGCAUGAUCGUGUUCAAGAACCACUGGGCCCAGGUGGUGAAGAUUCUGGAGAAACAUGAACCGGGUCGGAGCGGUACCGGAGCUCUCAGCUUCCUCUCAGGUCACAGCAGCUCCGGAGGAUCUCGUCUGGGUCCGAUCCCGGCCGACGAGGCCAGCGCCGUCCAGAACUACGUGGAGCACAUGUUGUUCCUGCUGAUGGAGGAGGAGGCGGGCCAAGGAGGAGCCAUGGGUCCCAUCCUGGAGCUGGUGGUUCUGGAGGGGGUGAUGGAGCGUCUGUUCCUGUGGAGCCUGAGGAGACAGUUCACUGAGGACAUGAAGCUGGAGCAGCUGAGGAUGUACCAGAUGCUGCUGUCUCAGGCCCGACAGCCGCUGCUGCACCACAAACCCGUCCUCCGGCCGCUCAUGAUGCUGCUGGCGUCCUGCGCCGGAGCUGCAACCGACAGUGGAGGUGUGGUGGAGGCGGAGCUUGUCCUCCUGUUGAAUCAGCUCUGCGUCGCUCUGGUCAAAGAUCCUUCAGUGCUCGAACUUUUCUUCCACACCAGUGAAGACCAAGGAGCCGCUAACUUCCUGCUCUUCUCCCUGCUUAUCCCGUAUACUCACAGACAGGGUUCUGUGGGUCAACAGGCCCGAGACGCUCUGCUGCUCAUCAUGUCUCUGUCGGCCUCCGAACCUCGAGUCGCUCAGCACAUCGCCCAGAACACCUACUUCUGUCCUGUUCUGGCCACAGGUCUGUCUGGUCUCUACUCGUCUCUUCCGGCCCGACUGCAGGUUUACAGCGAGGACUGGCACUGUCUGGACCGGGCCGACUGGCAGCAGGUUCCAGCUCUCGUCCACUUUCUGCACUCGCUGGAGUUCUGCAGCGCUGUAACCAAGGUGGCUCAUCCGUCCAUCCGCUCACAGCUGCUCAGUUACAUCUACAACGGCUUCCUGGUACCUGUACUCGCUCCAGCUCUGCACAAGCUGACCGUGGAGGAGGUGAUGACCACCACGGCGUACCUGGAUCUGUUCCUCCGCUCCGUCUCUGAACCGGCCCUCCUACAGACCUUCCUCUCCUUCAUCCUGCUGCACAGACACGACAACGUGCACAUCCUGGACACGCUGGUCAGCAGAGUGAACACACCUUUCCAGUUAGGGACGGUGUCUCUGGCUCUGUUCAGGACUCUGAUCGGACUCUUCUGUGAGGACGUGAUGCUGCAGCUGGUCUUCAGGUAUCUGCUCCCCUGCAGCCACCUGAGCAGGAGGCAGCGCUGCUCCCUGCAGCAGACUGACUGCUACUCCUGCAGCGCCUCCUCCCUGCUGCUGCUGCUGCCCUCCUGGUGUCCGGUUCACCUGCACAGCAGCAGCCAAUCAGAGCACGUCCACUGGCCCCGGGCAGCAGAUCUGUCGGUGUCGGACAGCGUCGCCUACUGCCGAGGCUCAGACUUCCUCAUGGAUGUGAACUACCUGCAUUACCUGUGGGACGCCCGGCAGGCCAUCAGCACCUCAUACAGGGCGUGUCGGUACUGGUCGGCUCCGUACGAUGGCGUGGAUCCUCCUCCUCAGCAGUACCGAUCGGACACACCGGGGGACGACUUGGACGAGGAGGAGGAGGAGCUUGUCCAGCGAGUGAAGAGUGACUCCAUCUGCUCUCUGGUUUUAACUCCUCCCCCAUCAGCCGUCUCCCCGACGCCGUCCUCCUCCGAUACCAUCUCCACCGGAAACCAGGCCGGCAGAACCAGCUCUGCUCUGGAGCUGGAGUGGGAUGACAUCUUUGCAGACGAGGAUUCAUCGGCGGUGAUAAACAUGGCGCUGGCGAACGGCGUGGAGGGCGACAGGUUCAUGGUUUCACCUGCUCCUCCACCGCUGCUUCCUCGACACAUCCAGGAAAUGAGACGCAACGCGACCAGGCUGGUUCACGGCGCCUACGUGGAGGAAUCAGAGUUUCAGGACGACGUUCUCGUCUAUGACCUCGUCGCUCAAAAAGACACCAAGGCGGCCAUUUUGGAGCGGAUCAUGGCGGCAAAUCGUCGAGCCCGUGGAAGCAUCUCAAAAGGCCAGCGAGUGUCAGCGACAACAACGUUUCCAUCGACGGGGAGGACGGUGACGGAAACAGUCAACAGCAUCAUGUCGUCCCGGAGGAGGAGCGAGGACUACGAUCAGGAGGCGAGGAGGAGGAGCGAGGACUGUGGACGGGACACCAGGAGAACCAAGGAGGACGGAGAUCCCGAGGUAAAGAGGACAGAUGGACCAACAGAACCAGCAGCAGAACCAGCAGGACGUCAGAACUUCACCAACGGUUUCUAUGUAAAGAAUCACAUCAUCGACGAAUGUGAUGAUCCUGAUGAAGGAAACAAGACGUUUCAACCAAACUGUGCCCUGGGCGACUGUCCUAAUCACAAUCACACAACACAGCAGCAACAACACAACACACAACACCACACCUCACAUUUAGCGACAAACCCACUGUCCAAUGGCCAUGCUGAAUCCGAGUCAUGUGACCUUACAGUUACCAAUGCCAAGUCUCCCAGUCUGCCUGACAACACAGUCGCUAGCAGCAGCAACUUCCUGUCCCAGUACCAUGAGCUCAUGCUCUCUUUAGGGGUGGAGCCAGACUGUGAUGACAUCACAGAUGACAUCAGCAGGUUCAGGAAGCGCGUCCGAGCGCUGCGUCAGAAACUCGUAGAGGACGAGGAGGAGCUGAGCGCUGACUUUGGUUUCAGCUCAUCAUGGGAAGAUGCAGAGGAGGAAGAAGAGGAGAUGGAGGAGGAAGAGGAGGAGGAGCGCAUGAAGAGCAGCAGCAGGAAACAUGGAGUUCCAUUUACAGGUCCGUUCAUCAGCGUCCUGUUGUCGCGGCUGGAGAACCUUCUGGAGAACUCGAUCGCUGUGAACCUGCUGGUGACGGGAAUUCUGGCCCAGCUGGCUUCGUACCCACAACCUCUGCUCAGGUCCUUCCUGCUCUGCACCGACCAGCACCACCAGCCCAACGUCCGAACCCUGUACCAGGUGCUGGUGUCGGUGCACGCUCAGAUCGAACGCUACGUAGCAGCCAGACCGGACUAUCCUGCUCUGCUCACUGAGGCCUGGAGGUUCCUGUUGGCCAAAGACCAGGACGGCAAAUUUAGAGAGAGCCUCCAGUCUCAGGGAGGAGACCUCAUCCUGGAUCCAUCUCUUCCUAACGGAUUGGUGAAGAACGCUCUGGCUCUGCCUCCCCUCAGCGUCCUGCCUCCGUGUCCCAGCAUCCCCCCUCAGGCCAAGAGCCGAGUGUUCGCCAUCGUCCUGUUCGCCGAGUUCCUGAAGGAAAUGGCCGCCAUCGCCCAGGAGCACAGCAUCGCCCUCGACUGGUCCGCCAAGGAAUCACAUCAGCAUGGCCGUGCUUCAUUUUCCUGUGAAGAAUCUCCUUCAGGAAAACCAUCUCUCUGAAGAAAACCAGCUCAUCACAUGGAGGCUUCAUCAGGAACCCGCUGUGUCUUAUUUUAAACCAGUGUGCAGUCUUUUAGCGGCACAGAAAUGGAGUUACGUCCAGCAACUACUACGACUACUAGACUUAAACAUUUCUACAAUUACAAACAUUGUUCAAAAUCACUUUUAUUAUUGUUGUAUUUUUGAUUAUUACUGGCUUUCUAUUAGUCAUUUUUAUCUGUUAUAAUUUUUAUUGUCAUAUACAUUCACACAUUUAGAAUAAAAUUAAGUUUUCCUCAAGGUUCUAAGGUUGAAAACUGAGGCUAAAAGGCGUCCAGACACCAAGACGUCCUGAUGAAGCGUCUGUAGUGACAGUUAGCAGUGACAGCAGGAUGCUAAAAUCCAAGCACAAAAAGGAUCAUUUAACUUUUGUUUUAUUUACAAUACAACGUUGUUUAAUGCAAUAAUUUAUCUGCUCAUUCUGUAUAUAUUCCUGGCAGCACUUGAACCUGUUUGUCCACAUGUGAAUAUUUAUAAAAAUGACUGGAAGGAGAUUAUUCUGAACCAACAUGAAGUUUUCUAUGCAUUUGCUGGAGGUGGUUUUCUAGAAAGUUUUCUUAGAUUUUUUUGCACUAAAUUGUCUGUGUGUGUAAAGUUUGACGUCCAGUUAAAAAGCAGAGAAUCGGACUUUAAUUGAACAGAACCUGCUGCUCAGGAUGAGAAACAUAAUGCAGAAAAUAGUGAGAAACUAACCUUAAUAAAUACACUGAAGUGACUUUAAAGACUCCAAAUUAACCAAAAUAUUAGAGACAACUGCUGCUUGAUUUCAGGUGAAUCAGCCACCAGCUGCCUGAGAGAGUCAACUCAAAAUUCAAUGAUAUUUGAAAAGAAAUAUGUCAAAAUGCUGAUGUAGAAAAGCUGUACUUUUAGUUUCAAAGCUAAAAAAAGAAGAUCAGCAGCAGUUACUUUUCCAUCAAAGCGAGAUUUUAAUUUUAAUUCUGUAGAUAUAUUUCUUUGUUCUUAUAGAAGGAGGUGAUUAUUUCUUUCCGAUGUCACGGUGUCCUACAGUUCUUUGUUUCUGCUUAAAUCACAAAGAAACUGAUGUGAUUAUUUGUGGCUGAAUAUUUGUGGUUAUCAGCUCUUCAUUUCAUUUAUUUAUGAUUCUUGUUUUAUGUCUGAGUAAAUCUAGAAAAGCUGUUCUGCCUCCAUAAGAGCAGCUACUUUUACAGCAUUUUGAAAGCAGAUUUUGUUGAGAUUUUAAUGCUGAAAAUCAAACAGUGUCAAACAGAAUAUGAGCUCAAGGUGUUUUCAUGGAGAAAUGACGAAGCCUUACUUCAAAUGACGGAGACGUUUGUGCAAUAAAAGACUCAGAAACAGCGGAUUGUUGUUUCACGGGCAAGUAGUGAUGUCGAUUUCUCUCUUUUAAAUGUCUGUUCGUGUGUGAUUUAUUGCUCUUAACAUGACAUUUUGUUGCUACUUUUGUCUUGUAAACUCAUCAGAUCGUUGGCGCAGAUACGAGCUGACUUUUUCCCUUCACAUCUUGAAGAGGAAACAGAUUCUGUCUGGGUGUGAAGAUGUGGUCAGACUAAAACCACAGCAGCAGCUUCUCUGUAAACUGUGUUUCCAUGAUGGUUUUACAGGACGAACUGACCCCAUUAGCUCAAACUGGGACUAUCUUUUUGUUUUCUACUGUCUUUCCUCUUUUCUUUGGGAAUAAAUUAUUGCCAAGAUGAUGUGGAAACUAACAGAAAGAUCAUAAAAUAUGCUGCAGAUUGUCA